CCACCCUCAUUUUCGGCCAAGGCUCAUCAAGAGGAGAGGAAACCCCCUGCAAAAUACAUCCUCCAUAUCCAAGAACAAAGCCCAAGCAAUAGGAGUCCAAGGAGGAAGAUUAUAGAAGAAAAAAAAAACUAGGAAAAGGUGUGAAAACUAAGGAACUUGUAAAGGGUAUUUCAUGUGAUUUCACAAAGUUGGAAAAGUCGCCGGAGUAGUCGCCGGAGUUGACCAAAAGUCGCCGGAGUUUCACCGGAGUUCAACCAAGAAGAGUAGAACUUCAUAACGCUAGUUCAAGGUUGAAGCUAGGGCUUGCUACUUGCACCUUCUCACGGGUGAUAUCAAAUCAGGAAGACGUGAAAUGGAGGGCAGGCGAAUGAGGACCAGGAACAAUCCGAGGGGGCAGGCGCCGGUAGCAUCCCAAAGGGGAAGCCGGGCUGCAUCUCGGGGUUCGAGAGGAGGCCGUGGAGGCCGUGGAAGCCGUGGAGGUCAUCAAGCUCAAACUGUGAGUGAUGGCCAUGUGAGCUCGGUGUAUGAGACCAACACCGAAGACUACGACUCAACCUACGUGCCAGAGACAGAGCAUGAAGAGACCCCGUAUGAUGGGGGUGACACGUACACCGAUGAUGAUGAUGAAGAGAGUGAUGCCAAGUUCGCCCAAAUGGGCGAGUUGCUUGAAUGGUAUCAAAAAGAAAAAUUGAGGAGGGACCUUAGGCGCCAAGCGAGGCGUGGCUCUCGCGGUGGUUCGGGUCAAGGAAGCCGGGGAGCUUCCGUGGCCACCCCAGCGGCGUCACAAGGUGGGCGUGAAGGAGGUUUUGUCGUGAGAAUCUCCAAGUACCUCAAGGAGGCUAGGGCCUUGGGGUGUAGGUCCUUUGACGGCACCGGUGACAUUACCGUUGCCGCCGAUUGGAUUAAGAAGGUGAAGGAUGCAUCAAGAGACAUGCAAAUCACACCGGACGUGAAGUUGACUGUCGCUUCACGGCUACUUGAAGGGAUAGCCUCUACGUGGUGGGAGAGCGUGGAGGGGAAGUACCAUGGGGAAAUAACAUGGGCGGACUUUGAGCUAGAGUUCUAUGCUCAAUACUACUCCGAGUACGAGGUGAAUGUGAAACGGAGAGAGUACACUAACCUCAAACAGAAAGAUGGCGGCACAGUUAAACAACUGGAACAAGAGUUUAGAACCUUGGCUAGGUUCUUGCCGGAGUACGCGGUUGAUGAGAACCGCAUGACGGAGCACUUUUGGGAUGCCCUACUCUUGGACAUUCGUGACCGAGCUACGUACUCGCGCCACAUGACCUUCAGUGAGGUGGUGGAGCAGGGCCUUCUUGGGGAGGCCCAAUGGAAUGAGAGAAAAGAGAGAGACGCCGAGGAGGCGAAAAAGAGGAAAUGGCAAAGUUCGGGGCCGCCCGAGCAUGCACGGAAGGAUAAGCACGGUGGAGGUGGCGGUUCGUUCAAGACACCGGCACCACCGGCAAAGAAGAACAGGGAUGCUCGGUGGCAUGCAUCCUCCUCACAAAGGACGGGGCCUCCAAAGUGUGCCAACUGUUCGAAAAAUCAUUUUGGGAAGUGCAAUGCACCCCCAAGGUGUUAUCAAUGCGGGAACACGGGCCACAUGAAGGCCAAUUGCCCACAAUUAGGGGGAGGAGGAGCUCCGGGAUCCGGAGGAGGAACCAUGACGGGAAGGAACCGUGCGGGCCCGUCAAACGGCGGGACGGGAAGAGGCGGCGCGUCCACAAGCCAUGCCGCGUCCGUAAAUCAAGGCGGGACCCAAGCACGAGUGUACGCAAUGACCGAGGCGGAUGCGCGAGCAAACCCGGACUCCGUUGCAGGUUGAAGCUAGGGCUUGCUACUUGCACCUUCUCACGGGUGAUAUCAAAUCAGGAAGACGUGGUUCGUGCUUCCUUAUUUUCUUUCAAACUACCGAACACUUGCUCAUGGAUAUUUGUUUUACUAUAAACACUUUUUGGGCUUGCAUGCCCAUGUUGUUGGCCGGUUGUGGCUCAUGACUUACCGUUGAAUAUUUCCGC